AUGGCGGCGGAUAGUGACAAGAGGUUUAAAGGAGUAAAGAAACCGCGAUAUAAAACCAUGUACUUGUACGAGUUAGCUGUGAAUUUGAUAGGUACAAGACUCCUCGCAAAAGAAGAAGCGUAACCACCUGGUUUUCCUGGUCAGCGUUAUCAUAAAGUCGUCUCGUCUCCUGUGACAGGUGUGGCUAUCGGCCUUUUCCAUCGGUGGCAUGUGUCUACACUGUUCGAAAAUGACCGGCAUUUCUCGCAUUUAUCCGAAAUCGAGAGGGAAAUGUCCUUUCGCACGGAAAUGGUACGAGGGGAUGUAUUAUUAUUACUACAAAACGAUCGCGGAAUCGGAAACGUUCAUGGAUGGCUUGAGAAAAAUCAGUCACGAUAACAUUUCAGAAUACGGAAAUGUUAUUGAUGCGACUAAAAAGUACAGCUUGAUGCCAGAGUUAGUUGCUGGAUAUCUUUAUCAUUUUGCCAAGAGUCUGGGAAUCAUUUCUGUAGAGCAAUGUUGGCAAGUAGAAAGAGGAGAAGGUCUGCCGCCGGUAACCAGCUGUGAAGGCUUGGGAGUUCCCAUUUACUUUUAUUUAGAAGUUGUUUGGUAUUCCAGUAUGUUUACCGUGGUUGCACUAUUCUGCUAUGCUAUGUAUUUGGGUAAUAGCAUAAGGAGUGGAAUCGUUGCUACGUUAUUUUUCUUUUAUAAUCACAAUGAAUGCACUAGAGUCCAAUGGACACCGCCAUUACGUGAAAGCUUUGCAUAUCCUUUACUCCUUUUCCAAAUUUAUAUGGUGACAGUAAUUCUCAGAAAAAGUUCAGCAUUGGGUCAUGACGUGGAUGCUUUGCUGAAAAUGGGCAUAUCCACGAUAAUUAGUCUAUGCUGCUGGCAAUUUUCUCAGUUUGUAUUUGCCACGCAAAUCAUAGCAUUAUUAAUAUUAAAGUGGAUGAGAAUAAUUUCAAAUGAUCUCUAUAUAUGCAUUUGCGUAGUUCAGGGUUGGUCCAUUAUGUUAGUUAUGAAUGUGACAGACAGAAAUCCCUUGCUUUAUUCUUUAUAUUUCUGUCUCUUAUUCACUAGUUGUAUUCUAAGCUUUGCAGUAAAAUUUUCGAAAUUUUUGAGCACAAAACUGCAAACGAUCUUAGAAAUUAUUCUCACAAUUGUCUGCACAAAAUGCUUGAAAUCGUUUUUCUCGUCUAUUUACGAAGACGACGCGCACGUAUUCAAUUUACUCAAGUCAAAACUAACUAACUAUAAGGAUUUUCACACGAUGCUGUACACAUGUUCCGCCGAAUUCGAUUUUCUACAGUUCAGAAGUUACGAGGCGAUCAUGAAGACAUUGCUAUUGCCUUGUGCCGUACUCGCCGGAGUACUGGCGGUCUAUUUUUGGUACAGAAACUAUAAAACCAAAGGAUAUCCGAAAUGCAUAGAUGCUGAUCUGGCGUAUAACGGCCUACAGACUGGAGCUUUCACCAUUAUGGCAAUUUUUAUCAUGAGACUAAAACUGUUUAUGAAUCCUCAUCUCUGUAUAAUAGCUGGCACAGUUUGCUCGAAUAAGUACCUGGACAAAUUUGGAUUAAAGAACGAGAUGAUGAAGACUGCCGUUACUAUUUUGUUGAUAUCAGCAAUGUCUUAUCACGGUUUGGAGAAACUUCAAGAAGAAAGAAGUAUCAUAGGUGAAUACAGUAACAUUGAACAGGAAGAAUUGUUCGAAUGGAUAAAGGGUAACACGCCUGAACACGCUGUGUUUGCUGGAAAGAUGUCUUUGAUGGCAAAUUUAAUGCUCUCUACCGGCAGACCGAUCGUCAAUAAUCCUUACUACGAAAGCAAGGAGAUGAGAGAUCGAACGAUGAAAGUUUACGAGAUCUUCAGCAGAAAGGAUGCUGCAUCCGUAUACUUCAGCCUGAGGAACAUGCACGUGGGUUAUGUGGUGCUGGAGAAGUCCCUCUGCUUUGGCUUUGCAAAUCUACAAGCUGGAUGCCAAAUGAUCGAUCUAUGGGACCUGGUUGACAAUGGAACCGCGAAGGCAGCUGGAAAGCUACCACUCUGCCCACUGCUGUUCCGUGGAAACGCUUACCCUUUCAAAAGGGCUUUUGUAAAUAAUCGCUACGUUGUUUUGCAGCUAGAUUACUCUCACUACGUCGAACUGAAACCAAAGACUUCCAUACCCCUUCACUAUCAAUCUUAAAAGCGUUUCUAUCGAGCGUGUGUUUGUGUAACAAAUUGAAGAUACCUCGCGAGAUUACAGAAGAUAUUUUUCCCAAAAGUUGUACAUGAGAGAUAUAUAUAUUUCUUUUAAAACAGUGACUGAUUGAAGUGUGGCGGAGCGACGUUGUUGGCCGUGAAAUUUGAAUAAAGAGUUAGAAUACUUUUUA